CACGCGAGUGUGACGCGUCAGCCAUUCCACCCUCUCCCGCAGACCCGCACACACAUCACAUCCAGACCUAGCCACCAACGGUUACCAUGGCAGCAUCGCCGCCGCGCCGCCGCGCCUCGCCGCCGUCGAUCCCGGACGAGCUAUUCGAAGAGAUCCUCCUCCGCCUCCCACCCGACGACCCCGCCUGCCUCCUCCGCGCCUCCCUCGUCUGCAAGGCCUGGAGCCACACCGUCUCCAGCCCCAGAUUCCGCCGCCGCCUCCACGAGCUCCACCCCACACCCCCCGUGCUCGGCGUCCUCCACAACUGGGAAUACGACGCCAUCCCCCGAUUCAUCCACACCACCGCAUCGUCCUUCUCCCUCGCCGCCCCGGACUCUCGCUCCUGGCGUGCCCUUGACUACCGCCACGGCCGCGCCCUCUUCCUCUCCAAGGGCCAGGACGCCGAGGAGCUCCUUGUGUGGGGGCCAAUCACGGGCGCCCAGCAGCGCGUACCGGUGCCCGCGGCGUUCCAGGGCGACUACCCGACGGCUGCCGUGUUCUGCGCAAUGGACGGGUGCGGCCACCGCGACUGCUUCGGGGGCCCUUUUCGGGUGGUCUUCGUCUUCUGUGUCGAUGAAGAAGACGCUGAGCUGGAUCCGUUUCUCACGUCGGCCGCCGUGUACUCGUCGGAGACCGGCAUGUGGGGCGAGCUGACCUCGAUGCACGGUGAGUUCGUGAUGUACUUCGAAUUUUAUUCCAGCGUGCUCAUUGGAAGGUCACUCUACUUCUUGUCCGACGGUGGGUUGAUCCUGGAGUAUGAUUUAGUGAGGCACGGGCUGACUGUGUUCAACACACCUCAUUGCCAACCCGAUUACAUGUCUGAUGAUGAUGGGUUUGACUAUAGAUAUAACCUAAUGCUGGUGGAGGGGGGUGCACUGGGUGUUAGUCAAGAAUUGGGUCAGCGUCUCAAAUUGUGGACAAAAGAGCCAAGUUACGGCACUGAUGCGAUAUGGGUACUUAGCCGGGUCAUCAACUUGAAUAUGUUGCUUCCAAAUGAUGCUCUCGUGGAUGCAACAAAUUCGGUGCAAGUGUUGGGCUUUGCUCAGGAAGCAAAUGUCAUUUUCGUGGUGACGGUUGCUGGCCUCUUCUCAAUUGAGCUGCAAUCCAAGCGGGUGAGUAAGGUGUGCGGUCAUCGUGGCUUCUGUAAUCUGAUUCCAGUUGUCAGCUUCUACACUCCACAUGCUAGGCUCGAAGCACUCAUGGGGCGAACACCAUGACCCACCGCCGUGGCUGAACCCAACUCAGGCGAUCUCUGCUGAACCUUCUCCAAAGAGGACUGAUGGCAGAUGAUUCGCCAUCCGUGAAAUGGUAGCAGCUAGAUGGAAGUUCAGAAUUUGCCAAGAUAUGCCUGUAAGGCUGGAACUUUGUAACACGAUUUUAUUAUUCCCCUGUCAUAUUCCCUCAAUGCUUGAUACUUACCUGUUGAAUGGAAGGCUGGAACUUGAUACUCA